AUGGAUAUUGACGGUUCAUCUUCGGCCGGAGAGCUCGGCCCUAAUCAUGGAGAAAUAGAUCAAAAUCUACUUCUCCUAUUUAGCUGUAUGAAUACAACAGAUAGAGAAGAACUAAUAGGUCAAAUGCAAAGAUUAUUAGGACCAAGUUUAACAUACAAUACAGCUAGUUUUUUCCUGGAUAUGAGUAAUUGGAAUUUACAAGCUGCAAUAUGUUGUUAUUUAGAUUAUAGUCUACCCCUUAAACCUCCAUCUAUGUCAUUGAAGGCUGCUCAAGUUCAAGAAUCUGCUGUAGGACCUGGAACUCUUUUUGAACAAAAUUGGAGUAUUGCCAACACAGGAACUGAAGGUUGGCCAGGUAGCUGUAGAUUAAUACAGGCAGGUGGUGAAUCGUUUGAUGCCACACCUGUUUAUGUACCGCCAUUGCCACCAGGGCAUACAACUAACAUUACCAUGAAGUUGAAAGCUCCCAGUGUUGCUGGCAUUCAUAGAGGCUUUUUCCAUUUGGUUACAGACAAAGGAGACCAAGUUGGUGACACUUUAUGGGUAGAAGUUACUGUGGAAUCAGAAGUGACAAUGGCUCUAGCUGAACAAUUAGCCGCUUUACCAAUACCGAGUAGUAGAUUGGAAGAUUCAGUUUCACAGGCACCACCACAAGAUGACCAAAUGUGUUGA